AUGGCUCGCCAACAGAGCCUGAGCUCCAAGCUCGUCCAAUUCCUACCUUUUGUUGCCUACACUUCGGCAUCGGCUCUGUAUUCUACCUACAGCUUCAACCCAUUGACGCACCUUGGAGGCAUCGCACCCUACUUCGAGCCACAAGAUCCUCCGUCAUCGCCCGACGCGCCUCAGGGCUGCAAAGCAGCGCGUGCAGCCUACCUUGUGCGCCAUGCAGCCAUUUACGCAAACGAUUUUGACUUUGAAGAGUACAUCGGGCCCUUUCUCGAAAAGCUGGGCAACAAGACGGGAAUCGAAUGGAGCAAAAUCCCGUACCUAAAUUUUUUGGCCGGCUGGAAUGCGCCCAUCUCUGAGGCCGAGGCCGAGAUAUUGACUCGGGUCGGGAGACUUGAAGCAACUCAACUCGGCGUCGACCUCGAGUUCAGAUAUCCCAACCUCAGACUCCCCAAGAGAGUCUGGACCUCUUCAGCAGAGAGGACAGAAAAGUCUGCUCAGUCUCUCGUGCGCGGGCUGGAGAGAGACGACAAUACCAUGAAUGUCGUCAGCAUCUACGAAUCAGGCGAGUCCGGCGCCGACAGCUUGACGCCGUACAAGGCCUGCCCGGCCUACUCUUCUUCUGCGGGUAGCGACCAGUCUGCCGUCUACCAGAAGAAGUUUACGAAACCCAUCAUCGCCCGCUUUAACAACCUGGCCCCCGAGUUCAACUUCACCACCAACGACAUCUUCGGCAUGCAGCAGCUUUGCGGCUACGAGACCGUCAUCCGCGGAAAGUCUCCCUUCUGCAACCUCGAGCUUUUCACUCCUGAUGAUUGGCUGGCCUGGGAGUACACGGAAGAUGUUCGCUACCACUACAACGUCGGCUACGGAGCCGAGGCCUCUGGAUAUGUCGGCCUGCCCUGGUUCAACGCCACCGCAAACCUGCUUCUCAGUGACUCGAGCGAGGAGGACAUCUACGUUAGCUUCACCCAUCGCGAGUUGCCUCCCAUGGUUAUCGUGGCGAUGGGCCUAUUCAACAACUCCGAAUUCGGCGGUAGCGGCGCCUCAAUCAAUAACACUAUGCCACUUGACCGCAUCAACUACCGUCGUGCAUGGAAGGCCUCCAGCAUCUUGCCAUUCCUUGGCAACAUUGCUGUUGAGCGUCUGAACUGCACAGGGGCCUUUGGAUACGAGGACGGUGACUACUACCGUGUGCUGGUGAACAGCGCACCCCAACCGUUGCCUGACUGUGCUGAUGGCCCUGGCACUGCUUGCUCCAGGAAGGGAUUCAACGAGUAUUUGAAAGAUAGAGUGGACCAGUUCUCCGGCUUCUCUACGAAGUGCGGCGUCAAGUACAAAAACAGUACUGAUGCCCUGUCGAUUUACACAGAUGCCUCGGUUGGGAACGGAACCGUCGUGGGCAAGCGUUAUGCCCCUUUUGCGUAA